AUGAAAAAUCGCGAUAACUACCUGAACACCGAUAAUACAUGGAGCCUUACUGAUACUAAGCUAGCCGCGAAAUUCGUUUCUUUCUCGACUGAAGCCGAAGACUAUUGCCACGUCGGUACGACCAAUACGGGGAUUUUCAAGGAGCACGAAACAGAGCUGAUACUUGCGGCGGCUCUUGCAGGCUCUGGAGCGACGCGAUCGGCGACCGUUCAUGGGAAAACGACACUCGCACUGGGGAAUUCGCCAGAGGCAGUGCGAGCAGUAUACAAACUUGCGGAGGAGAUCAAUGUUUGGAAUCGAAUGCCGUACCAACCCGUUGAUUUGGGGCAGUUGCUCACAGCUAUGGGGCUGUAA